AUGGCCACAACUCCAUCCAUCGGCGGAUCGGAUUCCAACCUCGCCCUCAACCCGCCUUCACAACUAGAGGGUCCUUCGCCCUCACCCACACCGUCCCAUGACCCCUCCCACGAAGAGCAUCAAUAUCUCAACCUCAUCCGCACCAUUAUCGGCACAGGCGAGCAUCGUCCAGACCGCACUGGAACAGGGACUCGAUCUAUUUUUGCACCACCACAGCUUCGCUUCUCGCUGUCCAAGCCGUCGUCUGACCCUUCGAACCCAGAUCCCGUCCCUGUCCUGCCCCUCCUGACCACGAAGCGCGUCUUUUUACGCGCAGUCAUCGCAGAGCUCUUGUGGUUCGUAUCAGGUUGCACAUCUUCGCUACCGCUAAGUGAAGGUGGAAUAAAAAUUUGGGACGGUAACGGCAGCCGAGAGUUUCUCGACAGUGUUGGCUUGUCGCAUCGUGAAGUCGGCGAUUUGGGUCCCGUGUAUGGAUUUCAAUGGCGCCAUUUUGGCGCAGAGUACAUCGAUGCGAAAACAGAUUAUACCGGGAAGGGAGUCGAUCAGGUCGCUGAGGUUGUCAGGAAGCUGAAGGAAUCCCCGUAUGAUAGGCGGAUAAUUCUAAGCGCCUGGAACCCAGCGGACCUGAAGAAAAUGGCUCUUCCACCGUGCCAUAUGUUCGCACAGUUCUACGUGUCGUUUCCACUACAGAAGGCGGGAGAUGAGGGUAAGAAAGGAAAAGGCACAUUGUCUUGCGUGUUAUACCAGAGAUCGUGUGAUAUGGGACUGGGGGUGCCCUUCAACAUCGCAUCAUAUGCGCUGUUGACGCAUAUGUUUGCUCACGCAGCAGAUUUGCAUCCUGGAACUUUUAUUCAUACCAUGGGGGAUGCACAUGUGUACCUUGACCAUAUUGAAGCUCUGCAGGAGCAGCUUACUCGGGAGCCAACUGAUUUCCCUACACUCAAGAUCAAUCGUACUGACCGGGGAUCCGGUGAGAUGGACGGCUGGAAGGACUCUGACUUCGAAGUUUUGGAUUAUAAACCUCAUAAACUGAUUAAGAUGAAGAUGAGCGUAUGA